AUGAGCGUAGGUCGCGACAUCGUUCUCGCAGCCGUACGAGUUGUAGAUCGCGAUAUCGCUGGCGUAGCUGUUCUAAGGCCACAAUUAAUAACCGCCGGUCAGCGUGUUGUUCACGCAGUAGAAUUCGAAGUAAAAACCGUGCCCGAACUCGUAAUACGUCGCGUCAUGAUAGUGUACGCCACCGUAAUCACCACAACGAUAGGUCGCUGUCCCUGCGCAUUCAAAAUACCACAGAUGUUUCUAUUCAGAAUACACUGA